UUUGACCCAACUGGGUCUUCCUUGGCCACCAACGAAACCAGUGAUGUCUACAAAUUUAUAUUCUUCUUGGCCAUCUUUUAUUACAUUCUCACCACUUGUCACGCAACUUCCUUCCUCUUCCUCUUUAUCCUUCUUUAUAAACCCAUCAUCUUCUUCUCUUACUCUUAUCACUCCAAACCACUUUCAACCAAUUCCCCACAUCAAAAACUUUGCUAUCUCUCUUCUUCUUUCUUUUCAGGUGCUGUUUAAUUCUCUGAAUUUCUUCUAUCUCUGUCUCUAAUGGCUCUUGAAGCUCUGAAUUCUCCCACCACUCCAUCGCCGGCGCUGCACUACGACGACCCGAGUCACAAUUCGUUGGAGUCUUGGUCUAAGAGGAAGAGGACCAAGCGUCCGCGGGGAUUCGACAACCCUCCAACCGAGGAGGAGUAUUUAGCGUUAUGUCUUAUCAUGCUUGCUCGAGGCGGUGCCACCGCCUCUGACCCUGACCACCGACUUGCCUAUGAAAUUCCGAUUCCGGCUCAGCCCAUAUCCGUUGUUAAACUUAGCUACAAGUGCUCUGUUUGCGACAAGGCGUUUUCGUCUUACCAGGCUUUGGGUGGACAUAAAGCGAGUCAUAGAAAAUCAGCUACAGGGGAAGACCACUCCACUUCCUCCACCAUAACCACUUCCGCCACCGCUACCACCGCCGUCGGUGGGGGUAAAUCCCACGAGUGCUCUAUUUGCCAUAAGUCUUUUCCCACCGGUCAGGCCUUGGGUGGCCACAAGCGUUGCCACUACGACGGCGGAAUUGGCAACAACAACAACAACAACCACAACCAAACACACAGUCACAACACCAACAGCAACAACCACGCCUUGACAUCUUCGGAAGGAGUUGGGUCGACCCACACACAGAGCCACAGCCACCGGGACUUCGACCUCAACCUCCCCGCCUUGCCGGAGCUAUCUCCGGGAUUCUUCAACUCUUCCGGCGACGAGGAGGUCCAAAGCCCAUUACCCCUGAAGAAGCCUCGAAUCUUAACAAUUCCCAAAAUCGAAAUCACUCAGACAUAAUCCUAGGGGAAAAGAAAAGCAGAAAUUGUUUCGAUUUGUUUGUUUAGUUGAUGAUUUGUUUUGUGUGUAAAUAGAAAAUAGGAAGUUUGUUCUACUCCUCUGCCCACUAUUUGUACCUGUAGCCAAUCUCUGAGAACUAAUUCAAUUGAUUAUUUUUUU